AAUUAUUGAAAGUCGAUUUAGUCGACUCGAUAGAGCGGAACUUAACAAAGAAAUAAAAUUAGGGUUUAAAUUUGUUAUUCUACUCGCACUUUCUAGAAAUCGGAAAAGUGAAGGAGAUAUGAGUGCUCCGGUGAAAAACGGCAUCCCUCCUAAAGAACUCCUUGACGAUCUCUGCAGUCGAUUUGUUCUGAAUGUGCCGAAAGAGGAUCAGCAGUCAUUCGAGAGGAUUUUGUUUCUUGUGGAGUAUGCACAUUGGUUUUACGAGGACAAUUCCGUCGAAAAUAACCCCUCUUUGAAGUCCUUCACCCUUAAGGAAUUUACCUCUCUAAUGUUUAACAGUUGCGACGUCUUGAAGCCUUAUGUUCCUCAUAUAGAUGACAUUUUUAAGGACUUCACGUCGUACAAAGUUCGGGUUCCUGUAACUGGGGCAAUUAUAUUGGACGAAACAUACGAAAGGUGUGUGCUAGUCAAAGGGUGGAAGGGAUCAAGUUGGAGUUUUCCGAGAGGGAAAAAGAAUAAGGAUGAGGAAGACCACAAGUGUGCUAUCAGAGAGGUUCUGGAAGAAACAGGAUUUGAUGUUUCAAAACUUAUUAACAAAGAUGAUUAUGUUGAAAUGAUAUUCGGGCCACAGAGAGUACGACUCUACAUAGUUGGAGGCGUGAAAGAAGAUACGACAUUUGCACCUCAAACUAAGAAGGAGAUAAGUGAAAUUGCGUGGCAGCGUGUUGCUGACCUUCGGCCAGUAUAUGGAGAUGUGAUAUCACAUGGUGUAACUGGUCUUAAGCUUUACAUGGUUGCUCCGUUUUUGAAAUCCUUGAGAUCAUGGAUCUGCUCACAUCAGCCCCCAGUACCACCAAGGUUAAAUGCACCUGCAAGAGCAAAAAGCAUAUGGAAAGCAAAAGGAAACUCUUCAGGGAGUAGCUUAGUGACAACGGAGACUCAGUCAAGCAAAAGUAGUCAUGUUACAAAUUCCUCCAACAAAGGACCCGGCCAAAGUUUCAGAAAUUUUCAUUUCAACACUCAUCCCAUUCUACAGCCAAUUGAAACUGUUUUCUCUUCAUAAAAGUUGAUGUGAACAGUUCAUGCACAUAGUCAAGCAUACUCACCACAUCUAUCGGCCGUCACAUGCAUAGUUAAUCCUACAACUGACAAUGGCCUUUUUGUGCUACAACUGAGCCAAGUGUAAAAUUGCAAAUAUGGUUAGAGGUUUGAAGAUGUCAGUAAUAUUUUGUAUAGAGUAAUCGUGUAAUGUUCUUCCCUGAUUCGUGAAGUUUAGCCUACUUGUUUUGAAUGGAUCUGAUUUGUCUUCUGGAGAA